AUCAAUUAUGCUGGAUGUAGGUAUUUUCCUUCGUCCUCCUUAAUCCCUAUUUUCUUUGCAAUCCAAAGCUGUUUAGACUCAUAAUAAUCAAAGUGAAGAAUGCUCUUUGGCGAACAAUUGAAUCGAGUUAUCACAAUUCACAAGACCCAUGCGUUAUAGGAACUGCCCUUGCGUACAAGGGUUUGCCGUUUUUAUAAUAAUUACUUUGAAACGGAAAGUCAUAAACCCCUCUCAAACCCACCAAAGCUCACUCAAAUUCAUAGCUUCCCUAGAGAGAGAAAGUUAUAGAGAGAAAGUUAGCAAUGGCGGCUCAGCUUCCAGAACAUUUCAAAUGUCCGAUUUCGCUGGAAAUAAUGUCCGACCCGGUCAUCCUCUCUUCGGGUCACACCUUCGACCGUUCUUCAAUUCAACGCUGGCUCGACGCCGGUCACCGCACCUGUCCAAUUACCAAACUGCCCCUCCCCGAUCACGAUCCCCUCAUCCCCAACCACGCCCUCCGAAGCUUGAUUUCCAACUAUGCCCCCAUUUCCCCUCUCCACCACCCUCCGCCGCCGCAUCCCCAAACCCUAAUCUCCACCCUCACCUCUCCCUCCUCCUCCGUCCACUCCAAAAUCGAGUCGCUACGCCAACUCGCCCGCCUCUCCAAGCGCGACUCUUCCUUCCGCCGUCGUCUCACCGAGUCCGGCGUCGUGCCGGCGGUACUCUUCUGCAUAGACUCCGGCGACGACUCCCUCCGGGAGAAAGCCCUCUCACUCCUGCUGAACCUCAGCCUUGACGACGACAACAAGGUGGGCCUGGUGGCGGAGGGCGUGGUCGGCCGCGUCGUCGCCGUUCUCAUGGCCGGCGCCUCCGAUUGCCGCGCCGUGGCGGCUACUAUGCUGACGAGCUUGGCCGUGGUGGAGGUGAACAAAGCGACGAUCGGUGCGUACCCGCAUGCGAUUGAAGCUCUGGUAUCCCUCGUGCGGGACGGUAAAGGGAGAGAGAAGAAAGAAGCGGCGACGGCGCUUUACGCUAUAUGUUCUUUCCCUGAUAAUCGGAGAAGAGCGGUGGAAUGUGGGGCCGUCCCUGUUUUGCUUCGAAGUGCUGAUUCUGGGCUUGAAAGGAGUGUUGAAGUUGUUGGGGUUCUGGCUAAGUGUAAGGAAGGGAGAGAGAAAAUGGAAAGGUUUCAUGGGUGUGUGAAUAUUCUGACUCGGGUUUUGAGGAAUGGAAGCUCCAGGGGGGUUCAGUAUGCUCUGGCGGCUCUCAAUUCCCUCUGUUGUAACAGUGAAGGAAAUGUUCUGGAGGCCAUGGAAGCAGGGGUUUUGGAAAUUUGUCUCGGGUUGCUGGAGGAUGAUAAUGAGAAGGUGAGGAGGAACUCCUCAUGUUUGAUUCAGGUUCUGCGUGGCAACCAUCGGAUGAGUUCAUAGGAUGGAUGGAGUGGAAAAUUAUCAGUUUUGAUACAGAAGAUUUGUUGUCCUCUGUGAAGGUGAGAUGGGUUUUUUUUUUUUUUUUUUUUGUUUAUUGAAUUAUAUAUUGUUGGGUACCUACUUCCUGUACAAAAUGAAACAUCAAUUUUUUGUUGUAAUAGGGUUCUUUUGUAUGUUGUACAUUUGAAAUAAGAAUUGAUGGGCUAUCUCUCCCUCUCUCUCUUGUUAGCUGUUAUAACGAAGAAAGUUUCUUAUUGAUCCUCUGAAAAUUGGAUGUAAUGCUUCGCUGUUUGAAUUUUUCUCUUGGGUUCGAAGCUAUCCUGCGGUACUGGUUUAACACUUCAACAUCUUGUUGCAAUGUUAUUUUCCAGUUAUUUCAAAUGUGUAUAGGCAAUAAACUAAUAGUGUUCAAUGAAACAUCUGUGGGGUGGAUCUUUAGUUACCCAGGCAAGAAGCACUCUCACUCAAAACGUAUGCUUGGCGAAGAUCAUAUCCCACCAGCUUAAACCAGAAUUUGCAGUCAGUAUUUAAAAUUUUUCAGGUGCAGCUUCUCACUAAGCCAUAUAAUUAAUGCAUGGAUGAAAUAAAUUACUAAUGUAUGAAAUUUUAGUAAUCCAUGUCAUGUAAUUAGUUCUUAAUUCUUAAUAUUUU